UGUUGCACUAUUUUUUUAACCCCAUUCUAAGGCUAAGUAAUUCAUAUUAACUUGUUUCAGAUAGCUAGAUCGCAUUUUGCAUAGAUAAAAUUACAAAUAUGUCAUCUAAAUGCCAUGUUGUUUCUAUCUGGGCAAGUUUACCCUUGGCGUGCCUUUCUAUCCAUGAAAAAUCCUCUCAAGAUUUAUGCAUAAGUUGUUCAACAGAGAUGCAUCAUGUCUUUGGAAAGCUGCACUUCUAUAUCUCUGAAUAAUAGAUUCAUAGUUCAAAUGGUUGUGUACUUGUUCUACUUGUAUCUUGGUACUACUAAAGCUCACUCAUACUCGCAUAUAACAUAGCUCCUAGUGUUAAUAUAGCAAAUAUGGUUACAAACAUUUAUGGUUAGUUGGUUACUAAUCUCAUUCUGUAAUUAUUUUAGACUGCUAGCAUUCUACAUGUUUUUGAGCUGAAUCUUGUAUCAUGUCUAAGCUCCAUGUAAACCCAAAUUGUUUUGUUCUUCUUCAGCCUCAUAAAAGUAUUUUCUAUUUCCAGUUGCCUCCUUUUUUGUACAAAAGAUUUACCAAUCUUCCUUUGGAUUUGAAUAAAUGUCUAUUCAUUGCUAUUUGCAAUAUGAACUGUCCCUUUUUCUUUCUGCAAUCACUUGGCUUAUUCUAUGUUCUCCAAGGGUCCUUUUACUGAUGUUGAUGCUUUAUUUUUGUUAAUAAAUCUCCUUUUAUAAUAUAUAAAUUCAUGAAUUGUGAAAUUGAAACAUGGAAAAACUCCUGUUGGAAAAGGGGAAAAAAAGAACCUGGAAAUCUCGUUUCUCAACCUGUUAUUUCACUGCUUGUCCUUGCUCGUGGCAGAUCAGAAUGUGGUGCUAGGUCUUUGACGCCCACAUUUGUUGUGUUCAUCUCAUUUCUUUUUUGCAUUUCUUUUUGCAGGCCUAUCCAUGGAAAGCAAUUAUCCUGUACACGUGAGUUUGAACUAGUUGAAAACUUGAAACAAAGUGGAAAGAACUCAGCAGAAUCUCCUGAUACUGAAGAACUGCCUGCACCAAAGCUUUCUUCUUCUUUACAUUCAUCGUUUUCAACAUCGGAUGCCGAUCCUUUACCUACCUGUCGUCAUCCACUUCCUCCAAACUCAACCCCAUCGAGACGGGCUCGGCGUUCACCUGGGCAUCAGCUAUUAAGGCAGAUUUCUGAUAGUCGAAUUAUGGGACUGAAGUCACCAAAUAAUUACUCAUUAUCUGAAGGUAGGUCAUCAUUUGUACUCUCGACUUGCAGCCAUGACUUAGCAAUGGGAUCACAUGGUGGUUCUUCUGAUGGUUGGUCCAUGCGAACCUUUUCUGAGCUUGUGGCUUCUUCACAAAGGGAGAGAUGGUCUUUUGACAGUGAGCACCUGGGCUACGGUUUGAGCAAAGUAAGUGGAUGCAGUAGCAGGUUUUCAUGUUCCCCCUCCUUAGAUAUUCAAACUUGUGGGGCUUGUUCGAAAUUCUUGACAGAGGGAUCUUCUUGGAGCAGUCGGAGAAUCCUUGCUAGCAAUGAACUCUCGAUGGUUGCUGUGCUGGUAUGUGGUCAUGUGUACCAUGCUGAUUGCUUGGAGACCCUGACACUGGAAGUUGACAGGUAUGACCCAGCUUGCCCAAUAUGCACGGGAGGAGAGAAGCAAGUCUCAAAGGUGUCUAAAAAGGUUUUGAGAGCUGAAGCAGAAUUGAAGGCCAGAAGCCACAAGAUCUCAAGAAGCCGUGUUAUAGAUAGUUAUCUUGACAGUGAUUCUGAUGAUUUUGACUACCAAAAAAAUGCCAUAUGGAGAGGAGCUCCAAAGAUGGAGGCUAGUUCCAGUGCAGAAAGUUCAUCUGCAAAGCCGUUUUUGAAAAAGAAUUUUUUAUUUGGGUCCAAAUGGAGCAGGUCCCUGUCAGAGAAGGAUUCUGCCAGGAAAAAGGGGUUUUGGGCAAGAUAUCGCAAAUAUUGAGCUCUUUAACUAUUGCAAGAUGAUAUGUUGGAGGUAUAAUUAUAUAUGUGAAGUCGAAUGCAGGGGCUGCGAGCAAUCCCACCAAGGCUCCUGGCAGAUUUGAACAGCCAAAGUACUUGGUUCUCCCCCUCAAAUUUUCCUCUUCAGUUAACCCUUUUGUUCCUAUUUGGUCGAAGAAAAUAGGAAAAAAAGAAUCAGCUGAUCCUACCACAAUCUUAGUAAUAGGAUAGUCUUACGUCGAAGUAUCUGAUUGGUAGAGCCCUUGUUUUUUUUGUCGUCAAGGGUUGUAUACUUUAUUAUGUGCUGGCAAUUAGUGGUGAAUUAGUCCUUCCUUUGUAUCUGCAAGAGUAUUUGUGACGUUAUGUGUCAAUUUGAAGUAGAUGAUAAAAAAAGGUAUUGAGCUUUGUAUUUAA